CCCUUCUUCUGUUUUCUCCAUCCCUCAGUUGUGUGAAAUUACCAAAUUAGACAUACAAAAGAGAGAAAGAGAAGUGGGUCUCUAUCACUCUUACAAAAAUCACCAACGGAUUUCUUCCAUUUUUAUAUCUUCUCCGAUCUCGUGACUCCAUUCUCUCUCUAUGUCUCUGUGUGUGUGUGUUAUUGCAAUCGUGGAUGCCCAUAAAUGUGAUCUAGAUUAGAUAUUUUGAUGUUCUUUUGGGUAAACCCAACUCAGAAUCUUUUGAAUUUUUGUGUUUUGUUCGUUCAUCUGUCACAAUGCACACCUACAAUUUGUAUAAAUUGUGUUUACUUUCCCGAUUUCGCUAAAUUCUGAGCACUAGAAAGGUUCUUACACCCAUGACACAAUUCUGCAAACGAAUUCAAUGUUGAUUUGGUGACAUUUUGUGGGUUUUAGGAAAAGGGUUUCUCGUAUCUUUCUUAUUGUAGAAUAUUAUAUAAAUCUUUCGUUGGAUUUUUCCUCAUAUUCUACAGGAACCCAAUAUUUGUUUAUUCAGAAAAACAAGCACUUUUUAGGGUUUAGGGUUCAUUGUCUUUUUUUUUUUUUUUAACUCUAAAAUAUCUUUCAUCAUUUCCACUCGUUUGAUCUCAAUUCUCCUUUUACUUCUUGUGACUGAAUGUCUGAAUCGAGUUUCUAGUUUUUGAAUCCAAAAAUGUCUCAGAAUAAAAUCUGGGGUUGUUUGUUUUUUGUCAAAUGAAGAACGAAAUACAUGAAUUUGGUAAUUAAUUGAAGUUGAAAAACAGAAAAAUCAAAAUGUCAUCGUGUUUAAGUAGAGGUACAGGAAGGGCAUAUGGAUUUGAUCUUGAAAAUAUCGUUAAAUCCUCAUCUGCUACUUCUACUAGAACUUCACAUUCAUCUUCUCCAUCUUCAAAUCUCUCAGAAUCAAGCAACUCUCCAAUGGCUGUCUGCACUCGAAAGCCCAGAACCCCACGAAAAAGACCCAAUCAAACUUACAAUGAAGCAGCUGCCCUUCUCUCCACAGCUUGUCCCACCAUUUUCUCGAUCAACAAGAACAACAAUAAUCAAUCGACGUUACCAAACCAACGUUCUUAUUUCUUCAAUGAACCACCGGAGUUGAUUUUGCCCUUUCCGGUGACUGAAAGGCCGAUUAAGGUGAAACCCAGUUCUUCGAUUGAGCUGAAAGACCGGACUCCAAUCGACUCCAAUUCUAAUUCAAUGGAACUGAGUGAAGGAUAUCAGGAAAAUUUCGACACUGAUUCGAUGCUUGAUGAGGAAAUUGAAGCGGGGAUUGAUAGUAUUAUGGGGAAAUCGAAUUCAAUUGUGGGAGGUGAUGAAAUUUCAAAUGUGAAAUCUUGUUUCAGUUUGAAUUUCGAUUUUAAUUACAAUACUUGUUAUGGGUACCCCAUGGGGCUUGGAUUUGGGGGGAAUUUAGAGUUCAAUUUCGGAUUGGGAUUGAGAAAUGGGGUGAGGGCGUUGAGGAAUGUAGAUGAACGGAACUGGUGGAGUUUUCCGGCGGUUAACGUGAUGUGUAUAUCGCCACCGGAUUCAGUGAAAUUGAAGAAAGCUCCGACUGACAAAAAGAAGAAAGUGGAGGAAUCGAUGAAGAUGGAAUUGGAAUUGGGGAAUCCGAUUCCGCGAGAGAGGAAUUUAAGUCUUGAAAAUUGGCCUCGGUUAUUAUUGAAGUUGAAUUAUGAAAAAGUUUUGAAUGCUUGGUCGGAUAAAGGGUCGCCGUUGCCGGAGGAAAUGUCGGGGCCGGAGUCGCCGGGAAGUGAUAUUCAUGCAAGAUUGGCUCAAAUAGAUUUAUUUUCAGAUAAUGGUGGGUUAAGAGAAGCUAGUGUAACCCGUUACAAAGAAAAGCGACGUACACGCCUCUUCUCCACGAAAAUCAGAUAUCAAGUUCGAAAACUCAAUGCUGAUCAACGACCUAGAUCCAAGGGGCGAUUUGUUAGAAGGCCAAAUUCUCCAACUUGUGAGAAACCAUGACUACAUGAGCAACUACACUUUUCUUUUUGCUAUGGACCCCCUUCACUUUUUCUUUUGCGAUUCCAACCCAUAUAUUUACAUAUUUAUGAAAAAAAAUUAGUUGAUGAAUGAAUAGGAAGGGAAGAUAGAUAGAGAGAGUCCAAAACAAUUUUGUUAUCUAAGCUC